UCGCAUCUGAACUCCAUCGUGCUCAUAAUAAUUUGUACGGUUUGCAUCCGAAAGUAAUUCGCUGUAAAAGAAAUUGAGACAAUUUUUCUCGUAAAUUUAAAAAAUAUGCCGAAUAACGAACAUUAUCAAGAUGAUAUUAUGUAUAUCACUAAAAUAACGCGUAAUGUUUUGAACACACUCGGAGUUUGGCCGUCCUUAGACGAAAGAAAAUCAAUCGGCGGUCGAAUCUGCAAGCUUCUAAUAAUCAUAAUAUCUUGGCUACUUCUGUACUGCGUCUUGAUUCCUGGUUUUCUUUUCUGGUUGUUUGAGAAGAGAACACGCAUCAGGAUUCAAAUGUUAUCUCUACUCCUUUUCGGUUUUAUGAUCAUCGGUAAAUACGAUAAUUUGAUACUUCGCGAGGGGCAGAUCAAACGUUGUCUAAAGCACAUCGAGGAGGAUUGGAAGAAUGUGAUGGAUACCGACACGCGAAACACGAUGAUCGAAUCCGCGAAAAUUGGAAGACGCCUAGCCAUACUUUGCGGAAUCUUUAUGUACGGCAGUGGGCUCUCUUACCGGACGAUUUUAUCGUUGUCCAAAGGAACGAUCGUGACUGCGCAAAACGUCACGAUCAAGCCCUUAGCUUGUCCGGGUUACUUCUUCUCUCUCAAUGCGCAAGCCAGCCCUACUUAUGAGAUGAUUUUUGUGAUACAAUUUUUUUCUGGUUUAGUCACUUUCGUUGUAAAAGUACCUGUGAUAUAUUUUAAUAUGUUGCAAAAUGUUACCAACUAA